UAAUAAUCGAAGCCAUACACCCGCUCGGUCUACGGUGGCAAUUCCGGAACUUCGGUCGUCGUUACGUCACGCGGGCCGACCCGUCGGAAAGCACCGCCUUCCUUACGCAUUCAUUCAUCUAUAAUCGACGACUACUAGUCCGGUAGUGGUUCGGUUAGUCGACGGUGGGUCAGGCCGUUCGUCCGACCUCCGUCCUUUCUUUUUUUAUAUCCAUUCCGUACGUAAUAUACGUCGACGUAGGAAAGAUGUCACGGGAGAACUUAGCCACGUGACGUCGUCGAUCGUCGACAGUCAUGCCCAGUCCCGCGGGAAAGGCCGCCGAUGCCGGGGGAAACGCGGCCGACGACGAGCCCCACGACGCCAAGAACUACGAGGAACUGUCGGUCAUCGGCACGGGAGCAUACGGAACCGUCUACAAGGCAAAGGACGUGGCCCACGACGGUCGUUUGGUGGCCGUCAAGAAAGUGCGCGUGCCCCUGACCGAGGAUGGAGUGCCCAUCAGCACUCUCAGAGAAAUCUCCCUACUCAAGCAGCUGGAAUGCUUCGAGCACCCCAACAUCGUCAGAUUAUUAGACAUCUGUCACGGAAGACAAAUAGAAAAGGAAAAACAACUAGUCUUGUAUCUAGUAUUCGAGCAUAUCGAUCAAGAUAUGGCCAAGUACUUGGAGAGUUGUCCUUCGCCCGGUUUGGGUCCCGAUAGAAUUAAGGAUAUAAUGUACCAAUUACUUAGUGGAGUAGACUUCUUACAUUCCAAUCGUGUUGUUCACAGAGAUCUUAAGCCACAAAAUAUUCUUGUGACAAAUUCAGGACAAAUCAAAUUAGCUGAUUUUGGCUUGGCUCGUAUCUAUACACAGCAAAUGGCAUUGACGUCUGUAGUAGUGACUUUAUGGUAUAGAUCACCUGAAGUUUUAUUACAAAGAAAUUAUGCAUCGCCAGUUGAUGUGUGGAGUGUUGGUUGUAUUUUUGCUGAACUGUAUAGUAGACGAACUCUCUUUUGCGGUCACUCAGAAAGUGAACAGUUGGGGAAAAUAUUUGAGUGA